CCUCUGCCCGAGCCCCGCAGAUGGCGGGGGCAGCGAGGGGGACAGACCCUCCGGCGUGGGGCUGAGGGUCCGCGCAGCCCCGGCCGGCCGCCCGCGGGCACGGCCGUGGGCCCCGCUCCCACGCCAGCCACGGAGUGGGCGAUGGGCAAGUGCGGGAAGAAGGACUCGCGUCUCCGGUAGCGCACGGUGGGCGCGUUCCCUCCAGGACCGCUCCGCUCUACCGCUUUUGAGAAAAGGAAAGGGGAAAAACAUGACACGGAUUCUCCCGGUGAAGCAGAGGAAAAUGUACGUCCCGACGACAUCUUCUCACCCAGUGUCAGCAGCGACCUUGUGGUGAAUGGAGAACUUGUUUGCUCAAGGCUCUCUCUAAGUGAGCCGAGUGCUGUUUCCAUGCCAAACCCUGACGUGAUGGGCAAUUGGGCACCUCAGAUUAGGAGGGCUGGGACACUGCUUUCGUGUUGCAAACAGAUUGCUAACUGAUCCUGCAAGGACACUGCCCACUGCCCUCUUCCCUGCCUCUGCUAUGAACACUUCUGCUUUCAGCCUCCCCACACCAGCAGUGUUGGAGGAGGAGAAUGCCUCUAGCAGCUGGGAAGGCUUCACCACCGCCAACAGCUCCACCACCGUCAGCCCUGGUGUAGUUGUCAGCGGUGUCCUCAUCCCUGUGGUCUACCUCAUUGUCUGUGUGGUGGGACUGGUGGGGAAUUCUCUGGUCAUUUAUGUGGUCCUGAGGCACUCUGUGAGUGAGUCGGUGACCAACGUCUACAUCCUGAACCUGGCCCUAGCUGAUGAGCUCUUCAUGCUGGGCCUGCCAUUCCUGGCUGCGCAAAAUGCCCUCUCCUACUGGCCGUUUGGUUCUUUCAUGUGCCGCCUGGUGAUGGCCGUGGAUGCCAUCAACCAGUUCACCAGCAUCUUCUGCCUGACGGUGAUGAGUGUUGAUCGCUAUUUGGCCGUGGUCCACCCAGGGAAGUCCUCCAAAUGGCGGACAGCACGGGUGGCCAAAGCUGUGAGUGCAACAGUGUGGGUGCUGUCUUCCAUAGUCGUGCUGCCCGUGGUUGUCUUCUCAGAUGUCCCUUUAGGGAUGAGUACGUGCCACAUCCAGUGGCCAGAGCCAGCCUCAGUGUGGAGAGCUGGCUUCAUCAUCUACACUGCUACGCUCGGCUUCUUUGGACCACUGCUGGUGAUUUGUCUCUGCUACCUUCUGAUUGUGGUGAAGGUUCGUUCCUCUGGCAGGAGGGUGAGGGCUCUGUCCUCCAAGCACAAGCUUUCAGAGCGCAGAGUGACCCGCAUGGUGGUGACUGUUGUGGCUGUCUUUGUCCUUUGCUGGCUCCCCUUCUAUGUCCUCAACAUAAUCAAUGUUGUCUGCCCACUGCCAGAGGAGCCGUCCCUCUUUGGUGUCUACUUCCUCGUGGUGGUGCUACCGUACGCCAAUAGCUGUGCCAAUCCUAUCAUCUAUGGCUUCCUCUCCUACCGCUUCAAGCAGGGCUUCCGGAGGGCCAUCUUCAGACCAUCCCGCCGAGUCCAGAGCCAGGAGGUGCCAGCAGGCCCCCCAGAGAAGACUGAUGAUGAAAGGGAAGAGGGCGAGAUCAGCAAGAUCACCCAGAAUGGAAAUGGCAGGAAGGAGCGCCCUCUAAGCAGUGAAGAAAGAGAGAGCAAGGAGCAAAAACCACUCCCUGAAGAGCCUGAGGGAUGUGAAAAGAGCAACAAGUUGCAUGUCAGUUAUUUAUGAUGAAAGGGAUGGUGCAGGGGAAAGAGACAUUGGAAUAUGAGGUCGCCUUCACCUUGUCUGCUUUUCCACCUCAAAGGCAAUGGGAGACAUCGAUACAAAGGCAUAUUAAAGUCCAAGAGUCUGCUUAAGGAUAAAGAGUGCUCCAUGAACUUGUAGAAAAAGCAAGGCAUUUUUCUUGGCUUUGGAAAAGACAUCUGAGGUUUAUGUGGUACCAGGUAAAGAAUGGACUGCAUCCAGGGGAAGCUGAAGAGGUGCUGGGCACUGACAGUACAGAGAGAGCAGGAUCAGGCCUAGAUUGCAUGAUCUGUCCUUAGAUGACCCAGCUGUGGAGGGCAUCAGCUGCCAUUUGAUUGUGGCACUUCAGGGAAGUUCCCAAAUGGCAUAUACUACAUGUAGACAUCCCAGUGCCUUGAUUAUCCUCCUUAUAAACAUGAGAAGUGGUUUACCCUGAAAGACAAGCAGGAAGGAAAAAUGUCUGCAGCAAAGACAUACCAGCCAGUUGCAUGCAUAGCUGGCCCCUCUCUAGCUCUUAAAAAUGUCUUGGGGACAGACUUCCUGCCCAUGCUGGUCGUGGCUGGAGACCACUAAUUGCUCCUCUUUCUUUUCAAGGCUCUCAUGGACUCCGGGCAGGCUGAUGAGACUUACCUGGGAGAAAAAAAUAGAACAUUUCUUUGCUGCACCUCACAUUCUUCAGGGUUUUCCUGGUGUCUCUGCACCCCGGUGGCAGAUGUAACAAAGGUAGAGAAAAAGACAAUGCGACAUGAAUCAGAGGCAGUGUUUCUUGCAAGCUGAAAUGCCCUUUCCCUUUUCCUCUCCCUAAGCCUUACUGUAAAUAAACAAAAAUCCUUUGGACUUAAAAGGUCAA